GGCGAGCAGCGCGGCCGUUGACGGGGCUGGCUAGGUACGAGACCCACGGGGCGGGGCCAGGCGGGAGCCUAGACUGGCAGUUAGCAGCGACUCCCCUUUGUGUCUGGGCUGGGAACGGGGAGCGAGCCGGGGCUGGGAGGCGACGCGUGUGAAUCCCCCGCACCCGUCCCGGCCGAGCCUGUCUGCGGAGGGCGAGGGCAGGGACCAGGAGCUGCCGCGUGCGGCAGUCAGCCCGUGGGGAGGCGCCGGGCUCCGCUCCCGCCCCGGGGGUACCCCACAGCCCGGGGCCGCCGGCUGGAGCCCCGGAACGCCCAUCGCGGCCGCUCUCUACGCGGAGCGGGAAGGAGACGGAGGGAGAGGGGCUCCUGUCGCCCUCCCGGCCGGCUGCGAGCAGGAACUGGAGCCUGAUCCAUUGCUUCGCUGGAGGCAGCCGGGCGGGCGCCCUGCCUUUCGGAGCGGCCAGGGCUGCGCCCGCGUCCUGUGCGGUUGAAGAUAGCAGAUGGGCCCAGGCGCAGCCUGUGGAUGGAAGUGACUGAGGGGACCUCGCCUUGUUAAGAGACACGCAGACGGCGAAGGAAGACCGGGACCGUCCGCGGGAUGGGAAGCGUCCCUGACCCCACUCGUCUUCACAGCUUGUCCCGCGUGCCCAGGGCCGAGUGAGGAGGCACCAGAGGGGAGCGUGGCUAUCCAUUUCCCCUCCUCACCCCUGGAUAUGUUUCAUGCUAAACCUGGCUGCUUCUUUGAUAUCGUGAAGUUGCGUGGGAAAUAAUCUGGGUUUCCGGCGUGACCGCAAGAAUAGCUACUCACCCAGGGGAAGGGAAAUGCAUCCUGGUUUGGAGACAAAACCUCCCUUUCCUAUAAUCGUUAGAAAGAAGAGGAGCCAGGUCCCGAGGCAUGAAGAUAGAUGUGUGUAAUGGAGUAAGACCUCAGACAGCUCCUAUCAUCUGCCGUUUGCCCUUCCAGACUGGAUUGUGAUCCAAGCGAGUUUUAAGAUUGUUUAAAGGGAGAAAAAUCCUCUUUUCGGUAUUCUUUUUUUUUCUGCCUCCUUUUUUGGCUUCCUCAGGUAUGAGUGCCUCUCUGCAGCACCUUUUGCUGGUGCUCUUGCUCUCCAGUGCCACCCUGCUGCUCAGCACUGCGGCUGGGCUGGCCAUGGUGUUCUCCCUGUUGAGGCAGAAAAGGUUUCCAGGCCCCUGCCAGAAACCCUCCUUCACCCAGCAGCUGAGAAACGAAAUUUAAGAACAGCCGCAUGGAAAAGAAGUGAGAUGCCCCUCUGGAAGUGGACAGUAACCACCCUUCUACCUGCCUCUAAAAACAUCUCUGACAAAACUCCUGCUGCUGUUCAUUGAUUGUGCAAUGCAGGAGCAUAGUGCGAAGAGGCUUGAUCAUCUAUCAGCCCUGGAAUUAGGAAAAAGAAGAGAUCCUGAACACAACAUUCCAAGGACAUUGUGUACCCAGAGUUGACAUACAAAAAGGAUAGCAAAAGCCAGCCAAACAACCUACCUCUAUAAACCAGCUGAUGAAAGCUACCCAGAGUGAGGAGCGGUUGUGUGCAUUUAAGGACCCAUAUCAACAGGACCAUGGAAUCAGUGAGAAUCGAAUCUCUCAGGAGAAUGGCACAAUUUUAUGUGUGAAAGGCACCUCCUGCUAUGGACUUUGGGAAAAAACACGAGAAGGAGACAUACAUCUUGUAAAACAAGGAUGCUGGUCUCACAUAGGAGACCUACAGGAGUGUCAGUAUGAGGAGUGUAUAGUAACAACCACCCCUUCCUUGAUUCAGAAUGGAACGUAUCGCUUCUGCUGCUGCAGCACUGACUUGUGUAAUGUCAACUUCACUGAAAACUUUCCUCCUCCUGACCCAACGGAUACACCACUUUUCAAUUCAUCUAAUUCUUUUCACCGAGAUGAGACUAUUGUUAUUGCCUUGGCUUCAGUCUCUGUGUUAGCUGUUUUGAUUGCUGCUAUAUUCUUUGGAUAUAGGAUGCUUGCAGGGGACCGUAAGCAAGGUCUACACAGUAUGAACAUGAUGGAGGCAGCAGCAUCAGAGCCUUCACUAGACCUGGAUAAUCUAAAAUUGCUAGAACUGAUUGGCCGGGGGCGAUAUGGAGCUGUGUAUAAAGGUUCCCUAGAUGAGCAUCCAGUGGCUGUAAAAGUAUUUUCCUUUGCUAACCGCCAGAACUUUAUCAACGAGAGGAACAUUUAUAGAGUCCCACUGAUGGACCAUGACAAUAUUGCCCGCUUCAUUGUGGGCGAUGAGCGAUUCACUGCAGAUGGACGUAUGGAAUAUUUGUUGGUGAUGGAAUAUUAUCCCAAUGGUUCUUUGUGCAAGUAUUUGAGUCUUCACACCAGCGACUGGGUGAGCUCCUGUCGUUUGGCACAUUCGGUAACCAGGGGCCUGGCAUACCUUCACACAGAGUUACCUCGAGGAGACCAUUAUAAACCUGCAAUUUCCCAUCGCGACUUGAACAGCCGUAAUGUAUUGGUGAAGAAUGAUGGAACAUGUGUAAUUAGUGAUUUUGGAUUAUCCAUGAGAUUAACUGGAAAUCGACUGGUACGUCCGGGCGAGGAGGACAAUGCAGCCAUUAGUGAGGUUGGUACAAUCCGCUAUAUGGCUCCUGAAGUGCUCGAAGGAGCAGUGAACUUGAGAGACUGUGAAUCUGCUCUGAAACAAGUAGACAUGUAUGCACUAGGCCUUAUCUACUGGGAGAUCUUCAUGAGAUGCACAGACCUCUUCCCAGGGGAGUCAGUGCCAGAGUACCAGAUGGCAUUCCAGACAGAAGUUGGAAACCAUCCCACUUUUGAAGAUAUGCAAGUACUGGUGUCUAGGGAGAAGCAACGACCAAAAUUCCCAGAAGCUUGGAAAGAGAACAGCCUGGCUGUGAGGUCCCUUAAAGAGACGAUCGAAGACUGUUGGGACCAAGAUGCUGAAGCUCGACUGACAGCGCAGUGUGCUGAAGAGAGGAUGGCUGAACUCAUGAUGAUUUGGGAGAGGAACAAAUCAGUCAGCCCAACAGUCAAUCCUAUGUCUACUGCCAUGCAGAAUGAGCGCAACCUGUCACAUCACAGGCGUGUGCCAAAAAUCAGGCCAUAUCCAGAUUACUCUUCUUCCUCUUAUAUUGAAGACUCAAUCCACCACACUGACAGUAUAGUGAAGAACAUUUCUUCUGAGCAUUCAGUGUCCACUACACCAUUGACUUCAGGGGAGAAGAACAGAAACUCCAUUAACUAUGAACGACAGCAAGCACAGGCUCGCAUCCCUAGCCCUGAGACUAGUGUCACCAGUUUGUCCACCAACACAACUACCACCAACACAACUGGCCUCACGCCUAGCACUGGCAUGACUACCAUAUCUGAGAUGCCUUACUCAGAUGAAACAAACCAACAUGCUACAAAUGUCAUGCAGCCUGUUGGACCAACUCCUGUUUGUCUGCAACUAACAGAGGAGGACUUAGAAACCAACAAGCUGGAUCCAAAAGAAGUAGAUAAGAACCUAAAGGAGAGCUCUGAUGAAAAUCUGAUGGAGCAUUCCCUUAAACAGUUCAGUGGACCAGAUCCACUCAGCAGCACCAGCUCCAGCUUGCUUUACCCACUGAUCAAACUUGCAGCAGAGGUGACAGGACAGCAGGACUUCACGCAAGCUGGGAAUGGUCAAGCAUGUUUGAUUCCAGAUGUCCCAUCUACUCAGGUCUACCCUCUACCCAAGCAGCAGAAUCUUCCGAAGAGGCCUACUAGUCUACCUUUAAACACCAAAAAUUCAACAAAGGAGCCACGACUGAAAUUUGGUGGCAAGCACAAAUCAAACUUGAAGCAAGUGGAAACUGGAGUUGCCAAGAUGAAUACGAUCAAUGCUGCAGAACCUCAUGUGGUAACAGUUACCAUGAAUGGAGUGGUUGGGAGGAGCCAAAGCAUAAACUCUCAUGGUGUAACAACCCAAUAUGCCAAUGGUGCAGUGCCAUCUGGCCAGACAACCAGUUCAGUGGCACACAGGGCCCAGGAAAUGCUGCAGAAUCAGUUCAGUGGAGAGGACAGUCGGCUGAAUAUUAACUCAAGUCCCGAUGAGCAUGAACCUUUACUGAGACGGGAGCAGCAAGUUGGCCAAGAUGAAGGUGUUUUGGAUCGUCUAGUGGACAGGAGAGAGCGACCGCUGGAUAAUGGCCGAACAAACGCCAAUAACAACAACAGUAAUCCAUGUCUAAUGCAAGAUGUUACUACACUUGGCACCCAGAGAAUGACAACAUAUCCUGGGCAGACCCAGACUAGAAGAGCACAGAGGCCUAAUUCACUAGAUCUGUCAGCCACAAAUUCUUUGGACAGCAGUAGCUUGCAAUUAGGUGACUCAUCACAAGAUGGCAAACCGGGCUCAGGAGAAAAGAUCAAGAAACGUGUGAAAACUCCAUAUUCACUUAAGCGGUGGCGCCCUUCAACAUGGGUCAUCUCCACUGAACCACUGGACUGCGAGGUGAACAACAAUGGCAGUGACAGGGCAGUCCACUCUAAAUCCAACACUGCUGUUUACCUGGCAGACGGCGGUACUGCCACAACAAUGGUGUCCAAGGAUGCAGGAGUGAACUGCCUGUGAAAUAUUUUAAAAGCCAACAAAAUGACAUUUUUGCAUUAUUUGAAACAAACAUGCAGAAGACAUUUUAAAAAACUGCUUUCUCCUCCUGUCAGCACCCCCUGCCAAGAACUCGCUUUAAAUAGAUUUCAGCUAUGCAGAAAUUUUUUAGCUUAUGCUUCCAUAUUUUUUGUUUCAUUUUUUGAACGUUUUUGCACUUUUAUUUAGUAUCGCUAAGGUUAAGUCUGUCUGUCUUUGACCACAGAAUUAUAUAUAUGUGUAUCAAAAAUGUGGUCUCAAAAUAUUUUUUUAAAAAAAAUAACAAAAAAAAUGUAUUGCUGAUAAUCAGUUUGGACCAGUUCCUAAAGGUCACUAAAAACAUAAGCAGACUAUAAGGGUAUGUCUACACUACGGGAUUAUUCCGAUUUUACAUAAACCGGUUUUGUAAAACAGAUUGUAUAAAGUUGAGUGCACGCGGCCACACUAAGCACAUUAAUUCAGCGGUGUGCAUCCAUGUACCGAUACUGUCGUCGAUUUCCAGAGCGUUGCACUGUGGGUAGCUAUCCCGUAGCUAUCCCAUAGUUCCUGCAGUCUCCCCCGCCCAUUGGGUUGAGAUCCCAAUGCAUGAUGGGGCAAAAACAGUGUCGCGGGUGAUUCUGAGUAAAUGUCGUCACUCAUUCCUUCCUCUGGGAAAGCAACGGCAGACAAUCAUUUCGCGCCCUUUUUCCCUGGAUUGCCCUGGCAGACGCCAUAGCACGGCAACUAUGGAGCCCAUUUUGCCUUUUGUCACUGUCACUGUAUGUGUACUGGAUGCCGCUGACAGAGGCGGUACUGCAGCGCUACACAGCAGCAUUCAUUUGCCUUUGCAAGGUAGCAGAGAUGGUUACCAUCCCUAUUGCACCAUCUGCCAUUGUAAAUUGGUGAUGAGAUGACGGUUUUCAGUCAUUUUGUACCGUUUGCAAUUGGAAAUUGGCGAUGACGGUUAUCAAUCCUUUUGUACCAUCUGCUGCUGUCAUGGGUGCUCCUGGCUGGCCUUGCUGAGGUCAGCUGGGGACGCAUGGACAAAAAUGGGAAUGACUCCCUGGGUCAUUCCCUUCUUUAGGUUUUGUCUAAAAAUAGUCAGUCCUGCCUAAAAUAAGGGGGAAGUCUACUAGAGAGCCAGAGAGCACAGCCGCUCCGGGUCAGAGCCCCAGAGAUCCCGCAGAAAUGAUGACCUGCAUGCCAUUCUAGGGGGUGCCCCUGCAACAACCCCACCCAUUGCUUCCCUCCUCCCAUACCCCUCCUGGGCUACCGUGGCAGUGUCCCCCCAUUUGUGUGAUGAAGUAAUAAAGAAUGCAGGAAUAAGAAACACUGACUUUUUAGCGAGAUAAAGUGAGGGGGAGGCAGCCUCCAGCUGCUAUGAUAGUCCAGGCAGGACAUUAAAGAGUAGGGGGAGAGGAACGCAGCCUCCCGCUGCUAUGAUAGUCCAGGGAGUACAGAAUCUUUUCUUUAGACAUGAAAGGAGGGGGGGCUGAUGGAGCUCAGGCUCCAGCUGCUAUGAUGAGGACAGUUACCCAGCAUUUUGUACCGUCUGCCAGGAAUGACAGGGAGUCAUUCCCAUUUUUACCCAGGCGCCCCCGGCCGACCUCACCAAGGCCAGCCAGGAGCACUCACAGGAUGAUGACAAGGACGGCUAGCAGUCAUUUUGUACUGUACCGUCUGCCACCGGGGAAGGGAGAGGAGAGGAUGCUGCUGUUUAGCGCUGCAGCACCCUGUCUACCAGCAGCAUCCAGUAGACAUACACUGACAUUGAAAAGUGGUGAGAAACUAUUUUUUCCCUUUUCUUUAAGUGGGGGAGAGGGGGUAAAUUGAUGACAUAUUCCCUGAACUACUAGUGACAAUGUUUUUGACCCUUCAGGCAUUGGGAGCUCAGCCAAGAAUGCAAAUGCUUUUCGGAGACUGCGGGGACUGUGGGAUAGCUGGAGUCCUCAGUCCCCCUUCCCUCCCUCCAUGAGCGUCCAUUUGAUUCUUUGGCUUUCCGUUAAGCUUGUCACGCUCACUGUGCUGAGUCCCUGCUGUGGCCUCUGUCUAUCAUAGCCUGGAAAUUUUUUCAAAUGCUUUGUCAUUUCGUCUUCUGUAACGGAGCUGUGAUAGAACAGAUUUGUCUCCCCAUACAGUGAUCAGAUCCAGUAUCUCUCGUACAGUCCAUGCUGGAGCUCUUUUUGGGUUUGGGACUGCAUCGCCACCCGUGCUGAUCAGAGCUCCAUGCUGGGCAAACAGGAAAUGAAAUUCAAAAGUUCGCAGGGCUUUUCCUGUCUACCUGGCCAGUGCAUCCGAGUUCAGAUUGCUUUCCAGAGUGGUCACAAUGGUGCACUGUGGGAUACCGCCCGGAGGCCAAUACCGUCAAUUUGCGGCCACACUAAUCCUAAUCCGACAUGGCAGUACUGAUUUCAGUGCUGCUACUCUCGUUGGUGAUGAGUACAGAAACCAGUUUAAAGAGCCCUUUAUAUCAAUAUUAAGGGCGUUGUGUGGACGGGUGCAGGGUUAAAUCGGUUUAACGCUGCUAAAUUCGGUUUAAAUGCGUAGUGUAGACCAGGCCUAAGACAGGUUUGACUGCAGUGGUGUCUUGUACCCAUGUUUUCUUUUCUGUGCUUAAGUUAAUUAGUAUGUUUCUAUGUUACAGAGUGUAUUAUCUUUUGAAUGCCCUACUUUUCUUGUGUUAUGUUGAAAUGUGCAAUAGUCUAUAGUUCACAGUAUGCUUUAUUGGAAAGUGCGUUUAUAAAACUGCCACACAUUC